AGUAGCAGUAGCAGCAGCAGCAGUAGUAGUAGUAAUAGUAGCCGUAGUAGCAGUAGUCGCGAUCUUGGCAGCAAGAUAAUGACAACAUCAACAGCAAUGUCGGAGAACCUGCUGCAGAACCAGUACGAAUCGGUUUUCGUUUUGGCAAACGAAGGUUUGGAAGCCUUCUACACAUAUUUAGAAACGAACAAUAUUCCUUUAUUCCUGAGCGACGAGGAAGAGAAAUAUUUCCAAGAUCAGGGAAGUAUCUCAGCCAGUGAACGACUACAGUUCAUCUUAAAAACCAGUCGAAUUCAUCAAUGGACAGGUCAGUCUGGAAUUAAGCUUCAAGCUCAAAUUGGUGGCGUUGAUGUCGACGAGGGUGCUGGCGAUGGUGAUGGCGAUGUUAGGGUGUCUCAACUUAUAGGCGAUGGAAAUAGAGUUGGAGAUAGUAGCGAUGGACAGGUUCGGGACAAGCAGACGGAAGACAAAGAGGCUGGCGACGACGGUGAUGCGGUGGUACCCCAAUCGAAUUCAAGCAGCGAUGACAAGCAAGAAGAUACGACGGAUAGCCGUUUCAAUCCGUACGCAUUUGUGCCAGGUUCCAGUCCGCAUCGGAUACCCCCAACGUUGCCCAAGACUGAAGUUUGUGUGUUGUUUCAGCCACCCCUAUUUGACUCUUUGCCCCACAUUCACGAUGUCAUCUUAGAUACCAUUCGCCAAGCCAGAUUCUCUAUCAAAAUCUCCAUGUUCCUUUUCACUGACAUCUUCAUAUAUAACGCCCUGUGUGAGGCAGCAUCGAAUGCCCUGGUCACGGUCGAUAUACUCCUGGACGCCACACAGGUGGACAAAUUUUUGGAGAUGCUGGGUAAGAACGGUCUGAUCAUACCAGAAAGGGUGAACAUCUGUCAGAACAGUGGUACAGGACCGUACCAGAGAAAAACCGGCGCAACAAUGGGCAUCGCCCAUGAAAAGUUCCUUAUUUGUGAUGAAAGCACCGCCAUUAUCGGAUCCUACAACUACACCUGGUCAGCUGCUCAUAUCAACCGUGAAAAUGUCAUCAUCAUUCAAGAAGCCAAUCACCCCAUCAUCAAGUCGCUAAUUGAUGAAUUCACCCGAUUGCAAGAAUCGUGUAUCCUCAUCGGUUGAUUAUUAUUAUUAUUAUUAUUAUUAUUAUUAUGUUUAUCAUUAUUAAUUUCAUUAUUAUUAUUAUUACACAUUUUUCAUAUUUUUCUUUAAAUCUUACAUUUAAAAAAAGUGUUUACAUGCAUAUUUCUUUUAAACAAACGACAAAUUAUGUUAGAGGCUUAAAGUGUAGCCUUAUUUUUAAUCAUCCUACACAUACAUACAUGCAUUCACUCAUAUGUAUAUAUAUACAUAUAUAUACAUAUAUAUAUAAGCUCAUCAGAAGACAAGCUAUAUUAGAGGCUGCAGGCUUGUCUUUUCUUUUAUUACAAUGCAUACAAACUUACAUAUAUACAUACAUUCAUACUUAUACAUAAAUACACACAUACAUAUAUACACACAUACAUACAUACAUACACACACACGCACACAUAUAU